CAAGGACGUUUCUGUCCAGCUCCGGACUCUAUUUAGAAAUCGCUAGACGCGAUCCGGCAUACUGCGGUGGCCUGUUCCGUACCGCGCGAACCGUAAAUUAAUCCCAUUGAAAGCCAUUACGCGUUUUAUAAUGGUCCUCAUUGUAUGUCAAUUUGCGAAUGUACAAUAAAAUCCCCGCGGACCGGCCCCCGGCCGACCAGGAAGGUACGGCCAUAUCUGUGAUUUGUGCGAGUCAGUUAGCCUCGUCGCGUACGGAACGUCGAUUUUACAUUGAUGUUGAGUGCGUAACGCUGAUCAACAAUUGUUUAUUUUUGGAAAAGUGCACACGCACACGACGUGUCUUCUAUAGAUUUUUCUCAAUUAAAUCGAGAAAAUCAGACUGAUUUGGCUUGCGAAUGCGCACCGCACGAAGCGCGAGGAAAUAUGGCCGCGAGAUAGCUGCGGAGCGUGUUGCUUGACAAGAGGGUCCAGCAACGGCAACAACUUCAGCAGUUCUGAUCAGCCAGGAUGAUCGUCCUAUUCGUUUCAUGACGAGCGAGAUCCGACUUCCCGAUACCUGACGUAACCUGACGACAUGGAGUUGGGCCUGUCCAACACUCUGCUGGCUGGUGAUCAACGAUUGAUCGAUCACAUAGUGGGCGAAGUUAAGUCCCAGGGUAUCUUCGAUCAGUUCCGGAAGGAAUGCAUCGCCGACGUCGAUACCAAGCCUGCGUAUCAAAAUCUGAGGACAAGAGUUGAAGGCUCUGUAAACUCUUUCCUUAGUAAGCAAGUAUGGAAACCAGACCUGAACAAGAAUCAGCUCAGGGAAACCUUGCGCAAGCAUAUACAUGAUGCACCAUAUCUGGAUGCUGGCGUGGAACGAAUAGUAGAUCAAGUGGUGAAUCCUAAGGUCUAUUCAGUUUUUAUGCCUCAGAUAGAGGAUGUGGUGUAUAAGUUCCUAGGUAUAGAGAGGCCAAAGACGAAAGAAAAGAACGGUGCUUGCGGUCUUAAAGAUUUGUUACCUAAAGAUUUGGACCCGGUCUCGCCAGAGUCCGACAAGAACAGCUUGAAGGAUGAAUCUCUUGAAUCCCUAGAUAUAAAUGAUGUAAACGAUUUGAAUGGAAAACAAGAUGAAAAAGUCGAUGAACAGAGGCCGCAGAAUGAGGAGACAUAUAAGGAUAAAACUAAAGCAGGGUCGGAAAAUGGACAUAUUUCCGUGGAGGAAAAAUCGUCUGAUGAAGUCUAUAAACUAACUAAGAAUGAAAGUAAUUCGAACUUGAACACGUCCGCGAAGUCAGAUGACAAAAUGGAAGAAGAGGAGGAAGAGGUCAGUCCAACGUUUGAGCCUAUCGACAUUAUGAAUCUAAAUGAAUCCAACAUUUCCAACGAUUCGCAUUUAUCGGGCAUAUCGGAAUUAACGAGUCACAGAUCCAGAAGCCCGGAUUUCUCGAACGAAUUGUCGCGGGAUAACUUCGAGUAUAGCAAUCAAGAUUCUCAGCUUAGUAAAGUCUCCUCGGAUUCCCGAUUGUCAAUAGUGACGGACUUCGGUUCCUCUAAUCAUGCUUUAACACCGGUACACGAUUCAUCAAGAGACGAAACGACGAAGGACAAGUACGAGGCUAAAAGCGGUAAAGAUAAUUUCAAAGCAUUCAGAGAGUUGGAUUCAUCUAAAAACAAGUCGACUAAAAGCAGUUUUGACUUUGCUAAAGGUAAAGAUGUGCAAGAUUAUAAAGACACUAAGGAUUUCAAGGGUGCUAAAAGUGUAUCUUCUAAAGAAAAUUCUCGUGAAGCCACAGAUAAUAGUGUUAAGGAUAAGUAUGAGCAUAAGAGUCGAGAAAAGAGCAAGGACAGUGAGUCUAGCAAGUCAUCAAAAAGCACGAAAGAUAAAGCCGCAAGUAAGGAUGCAAAAUAUUACAAGGAUAAAAAUAACGAGAGAAAGAGAUCAAGCGAAAAGUAUGACAAACACAGUAGUGAGAAGUACGAUAAGUACAAUAAAAGUAAAUCUAAAGAUAAAAUUGAGCAAGCGAGGGAAAGUUCUGACAAAAUCAAAGAUGUUUCAGGAAAUUUAAAGGACAACAAGCUCAAGGACGAGAAGCCUAAAGAGACGGAUAAGAAAGAUAAUGUUAAUAAAGAAGUGAAAGAUUUGAAAGAUAUUUAUAAAGAGAAGAUUAGAGAGCUUCGAGAAAAGAAGGAAUUGACAGAGAAAGAAAAAUUGAAUAAGGAUAAGGAUAUUAAACUCAUGAAAGAUAAUAAAGAGAAUAAAGACAAAAAGGAUCCUCUUAAGGAUAAAAAAUCGAGCAAGAAAGAUCAUAAAAGUUCGUCGUCGUCAUCGUCGUCGUCAUCGAAAAAUCUCUCUGUAAAUUAUCACGAAAAUAAAAGCAGCAAGAUGUCGGAAAAGAUUUCCGAUGGAAAAGAUAAACGAUCAGAUUCGAGGGAUAAAACAAAACGGGAUGAGAGACGAUUGUCGAAAGAAAGUAAAAGCCAUUACAGUAGCAAGUCAGAUUUGUCGGACAAAUCUGACAAGUCGGAUUCGAAGAAGGCUUCCAGAAGCGAGAAGGAAGAUAAGGGCGGAAAAGUAGAUGCGAAAAAGGAUAUAAAGGUGAGUGAGAAAACGACAAAUGGUAAAAAAGACGCGAAGAAUCACUUACAGCAGAGCAAGAGUUCCGAUCGCGCCGAGAAAUCAGAUAGUAGAAAGGAGUCAAAAACCGAUAGUCCAUCCAAGGAUAAGAAGCGUAGAGAAGAUAAAAAAUCCAAGAUGAAGGAUGAUCACUCGAGUUUACGGAAGAACUCGAACGAUCGGCGUUCCACUGACCGGGACGGCUCGAACGGCUCGAGUAAUAAAACCUCACCGCCCAGCAGCUCGAAUUCUAACGUAACUAGCAACAAAUCGAGCACGUCGAAUUUGACGAAGGAUAAUCAUGUUAGUAAUUCUGGCAGCGAAACGUCAGACAGCAUCGAGGAAACGCAAGUGAGCGAUUCGAAGUUGUCGCAUCAGACAGAUUGUAAAUUGAGUAAAAAAAUCAGUUCGCAACUAUCGACAAAUGAAAAGAGUCAUUCGAAGAUUGAGACUGAUAAUAGCAAUGAGGCUCACGAUAGGCAGGAAGAGACAGAAGGAAACAUAGAUACACGUGAUACAAGUCUGCCAUUGAAGAAAAGGCUGUUGCCAGAUAAAGAUGUUGAAUCGAAUUCCGAUGUAAAGCUCAAAAAACCGAAAUUUGCAAAAAACAUACAUGAAGCUAAGAAACUGAUGAAAAUCAGGAAACAAAUGGAAAAGCAGAAACUUAAAGAGGAUAAGAAGGUGGAGAAGAAAGUUACGCAGGAAGUUGAUCAAACGAAUCAAUCGAAUACAAAGAAUACCGAUAAUUUCGAGAUUGUACCGGACGACGAACGGGUUCAAAUUAUAGAGAUUCCCGACGAGGAGUAUGAAGAACCUUACCCUGAGAAACACGAACCUUGUUUAAUGCUGGACGAGAGAUCAAUAAUAAUGCCAGGAGCCGAGUCUUGUGCGAAUGACCUCUUAAAGUUGAGUAUAGAGCAAUCUUCAAGCGAAGUGAUAUCAAAUUCAGACGAAACACAAGUCACACAGGAUUCCAAAACUGAAAACGAGAAAAAAGACGCUCAGUCUAACGAGUUGCUCGCUGAAGGUACAGAAGUUUCGCAAGUCUCUAAAGAGACUUGUAAGGACGACUCUGAGAAAAGUUCAAAGAACGAAAUACCAAAACAUACAAUUGUCGAGGAAGAAAAAUAUCAAACAGAGGAAACGCAUGUUUCGCAAAAACUGGAAGAAACCGCGGCUUCAGAAAAAUCAGAAUCUCUGGAUCACAAUGAAAACGGAAGCGUAAAACAAUCGAUGGAAGAAAACACGAUGGAGGAAAACACGAUAGAGGAAAAGGCAUUGGAAGAACAGUAUUAUAAUGAAGCAGAAACACAAGAUGAUAACAAAGAAACGAAGAAUGACACACUCGAGAUACAGGAUGAUAAUAAAGAAUCACCGGAUGAAAAACAAAUAGAGGCGUCACCUACAGUUGACACAAUAGACUCACAUAUCAUAGAUUGUAUGGAAAUUAAAUCUUCGUCCUCCGUGAUUAACGAGGACAAUGAGGAUUGCCAUUACUUCAAGACUGAUAACGAGAAAUCGGAAAGAUUCUCCAAUUUUUUGGAAUCUCUAGAGCUUGUGGAGAAUUCGUCUUUGGAAGAUAUAAUAGAGAGUCUAGGCGGCAAAGUAGUUUCCUCAAUACCGAAGUCCAUGGCGGCACCGCCAUUGCCGAAAUCACGCAAACGUUCGUCUAGCCCCUUAUCGGACAUACUAGUGAAUAAUUCGGACAACAAUAAUGACGGCCAUAAAGAGAAAUUGUCCUCUCCUAGCGAAGACGCGGUGCACAUCGUCAAGAAGAGGAAAUUCACUAAGAAACCAAGAUUCUCGAAUUUAUGCAAUGCCCAGGGGAUCUCGAAUGGCGAGAACUUCGUUAUGCCUCUGAGCCCUGACAGCGACGUGUCUGCAACGAGCGACAAGACGGCAUCGUCCAAUGUAAUCAAAGAAGAAAAGAGCCGUAAUAGGACCAGUCAUCAACGAUACUCGAGCGAUGACUUAUAUAAACCACGCCCGUUAUUUUCAAGUUCUUCUCGUCGAAGCAGACGAUCUAAUCAAGCAUAGCUAGCACCCCGAGGAUUCAGGUUGAAUAAGCUUUAUACAUUUUCCAAGCAUAUUUAUUUCAUUUCAUUAUACAGUAAUAUAUAGUGUAUAUCAAUCCAAUAAUUCCUUUUCCAAUUUACUAUAAUUUAAGAAAUGUUUCAUUUCUUUAUUAUUAACAACAAUGACGUACAAAUAUGCGUAUAAUUGGGCAUUUGUAAUUAUUUAAAAUUCAGAUAAUUCAUACUGAACACUAUAAUAUUUAGAAUUAUCUGUUGUUUAGAUUUAUACUUAUUUGCUAAAAUUUUAAGUACAAGCUAGGAAAUUACAAAUCUAAGUUACAAAUUAUAAAAAUUUAUUAGUAUCUAUGAAAUUUAGAUAUUGACUAAAUUUCAAUUAGUGCUUCAAUGAACAAGUUUAUAUUAAUUAGAAUAUUUCUUUAACAAAUUUCGAGAUAAUGUUAUCAGUUUCAACUAACAUCUUCCAUGUAAUAUCUAAGAAGUAUUAAAGAUUAUAAUGUUGACUAUUAUCAAAAUCGAUUGCGUAAAUCUCGAAGAAUGCGAGUGUUAGAAAAAAGAAGCACCUGUUUUUUUCUUUCGAGAUAAUAUACUCAAUCUAGGAACGGUCAACUUUGUUGGAAAUGAGUGUUUCUACUUGUACGUAUGUGUAUAUGUAUUUAUGUACGAACGAAUGUCCGUAGAUACACACGUUUUAAACGCAAUUUCAAAAUUAUUAAAAUUAUAAGUUUCCCAUAAGAGUAAUAAUCGAUUUCAUCUCUACAAUCUCUAGACGUAAUCUGAUGAAAGUGUUUAAGCAAUUCUGUAAAAAAAACUCGUCUUUCCGGUUCUACUUAUAGUUUAUCGCUCAUUAGAAUGCGACAUUAAAUUAGCAUACGUAAAUGUUCAUACGUGUAACUUGCCGAUUUUAAUGAUGCGAACAACUUUUUAUGAUAUCUACUUACGUAAUUAGAUAUACUAGCAAAUUUGAUUGGAAGCAUUAAUGCGCUUUGGUGCACAUUAAAGUCAUCCUUUCAUAAAUUAAUAUAAAAAAUAUAUUUAAUAUAAAUAUAUAAAUGAAUUAAAUAUAUUGAGUUAAAUUCUUAAUAUACUUUAUUGUGCUGUUUAAUAAUAUAAGUAUUUUAUAAUAUUAUUCAAUAUAUUUACAAUUUAUUUUACUUUUACACUCGGAUCUAUGGCUUUAAUGUGCAUCAGUACGCACUGUACUAUGCAUCAGUGCAGUCCAAUCAAAUUCGUUUUUUGUAUGCAUAUAUAUGUAAGAUCGCAAUAAAAAUAGACUUAACUUUCCGCUUACGUUACAUACCAGUUUUGUAGAAGAAAAUAGUUCUUGUAUACAUUUGUAGCUUUUAUACCGCAAGUGAUUUUAGUGAUUAAUCUUUUUUAAAAGCAUUCUCACAAGUAACUCUAACGCGUUCUCCCAAACCCGCGCCCGCGUGUGUAUACAGGGUGUUCCGAAUCAAUUUUUGCAAAUCAAAAUACUAUACAAGAAAGUUCUCGGAAACUUGGGUAAAAAAAAUUGUUAUUUACAGAUUUUUAUUUCAAAAAAUAAUUUUUGAGAUACAAAGGCUUAAAACUGGUCAACCAAAGAUUACGUUUAAGCUAUCGCCUGUAAUACUGCUUGCGCGAUAGUAUUUUAAUGACUUGCGAUUAUCUACACGGAAAGAACAAUUCUGUUGAAGUAUCUAAAUAUUUAGAUAUAGAUCUGAAAAUAAUUUUAUUGGAUCAUUAAAAUAAUUUUUACGGAUUUUCAAACAUAACGAGCAAUGCUGCAAAAAAUUGUGACAUUCUAACAAUUCAAUUUGAGAAUCUAACAUAAUUAUUAUGACGACUUAAUAGAAUUAUUUUUAGAUCUGUAUCCAAUUCAAUUUUUGGAUACUUUAGAAAAACCGUUUUUUCCGAGUAAACGUAGUUUGCGAUUGACCAGCUUUAAACCUUUGUAUCUCAAAAACUAUUAUUUAAAAUAAAAAUUGACAAAAAGCUAUUUUACUGUAUUUUUCAAUAACUUGUUAUAGUAUUUUGAUUCGCAAAUUUCAGAACAUUCUGUAUAUAAGAAUUAAAAGAAUUUGCAGAUCGUCUAGAUAAAUGAAAGAUAAAGAAAAGAAUUACGCCGAUAAGAUAAAAAAAGCAUUAAAUAAGCGCCAUAAGAUGUAAAAUCUAAUCGUAAGUUCUCAAGAUUUAGUUCGCGUUAUAUCUCACGUCGCUAGAAAACUGAUAACUCUUUUAUAAUUUUCAUAUCCUCACAUCGUUGUCUUUUCACGUUAUUUAUACCAUCGCCCUCUAGUAUAAUUAGUUUAUUCUUCGAAUAAUACUCGGGUUAUAUAUAAAACAAUAAAAAAAGGACAACUAAAA